AUGGAAGGUGAAGGAGACGCUGAAAUUGAAAAGACAUUUAUAGAUGAAACCUCUAUUCUUGAUAAAUAUAAAGCCGCUGCUGAGAUUGCUGAUACCGUUGUCACCCAGAUCUCUGCUAAGGUAGUACCUGGAGCUGAUAUUGCAACUCUUUGCAAGGAAGCUGAUGACCUUAUUGAGGAGCAAUGCAAGACUGUGUUCCACAGCAAAAAGACUAAAAAAUUGAGAAGAGGUAUUGCUUUCCCAACCUCUAUUUCUGUCAACCAUAUCUUAGGAAACUACUCCCCAUUGCCUGAUGAGAGCACUACUAUUGAAGAGGGAGACGUUGCCAAAAUUGAUUUGGGAGUGCAAAUUGAUGGAUACAUCGCCAUUUCUGGACAUACUGUUUUUGCCACUGCUGAUGCUGAUGCUAAAAUUACUGGAAGAGCUGCUGAUGUGAUGCUUGCAGUCCAUGCUGCUAAGGAAGCUGCCUUGAGAACUAUCCUGGCAGGCAACAAAAACACUCAGGUCACUGAAGUGAUCAACAAGACUGUGGAAGAGUUUAAAUGCCAUAUUAUAAAAGGAGUGUUUUCGCACAAACUCAAGAAGCAUGUAAUCGAUGGAGAGGAUGUCAUUGCUUCUACAAAAGGCCAGAAAUGUGAGGAGUAUGAGUUCCACCCAGGAGAUGUCUUUGGUCUCGAAAUCUUUGUUAGUAGUGGCUCUGGAAGACCAAAAGCUUCUGAGUUAAAGACUAACAUUUAUAAAAGAAGGUUAGAAAAUACUUACUUGCUCAAGAGUGACAAGGCUAGAUCUUUCCUCAAGCAGGUGAACACUAGAUACCCAGCCUUGCCAUUCUCACUGCGUCACUUCGAGGACCAGACCAUGGUUAGAAUCGGAGUCAAGCACUGCUUGGAUCAUGACUUGAUCGAGCCAUUCGCUGUGAUUGAGGAAGAGAAAGGAGAAGUUGUUGCUCACUGGAAAGCUACAGUAGCUGUUAUGGCAAACGGAACCAUCUUCUUAAGUGGCAACAUGGAUCUUAACAAAGACAAAUUCGAGACUGACAACACCAUCGAAUCUCAAGAGCUAAAGGACUUGUUAGCCCUUUCAAUGGGCAUUAAGGACCAAAAGAAGAGAAAGAAGGAUGCUGAGAAAAAGAAAAAGGACGAAGAGAAAAAAGAGUAA